ACAAGCAGGAUAAACAGGGUGAACAUGCCGAUUACUUUGCUAGACAGAUGGACCGAAGAAAAUAACGACGUCGUGAAGAAAUGGAACCAACAAGGACACAACUAUAGUGGGGACCACAAUCAGAGCAGACUGAAAUGGUGUUCCUCUGAGUUUCACAAGCUUUUAAAGAAAAUCCAAGGUGUUCCUGCUGCAGCAGAUCACUCCCAGCUGGAACUGACAGUGGUGUAUAAUGCCUGUGUGUUCUUAAUUACUCAGACUCGAUUUCCAGAGGCAGAGCUGCUCCUCAUGCAAGGCCUGAAGAGAGUUGUGGAGGUUAUCGGGGGUGACCAAGUGACAUCAGAUCUGCCUGUGUUGUGGCAAGAGAUUCUCAAAUCCCUGGAACAAUCAACCUUGCGUUCUUGCAUCCUGCAGCUACUCUGUCUGCAGUGGGCGAUUUGGCUGUCCACUUGCAGAUUGGAAACCAUUCAGGACCUUCAGGAAGAGCUUUGGGUUUUGUCUGAGGGAAAAGAUGCUGCAGUGGAAGAGGAGAGGGGGUGUGUGGCAGUGGUUGAGUCGCCUGAAAUUCCCCAUGUGGUGUUGGACCCCAGAGUGCUAAAUGAACAACUGCAGAUCUGCACUGUCAUUGCUCAAGGGGCGGAGAGAUUGAAUGAAGGUCGGUAUUCAGAAGCUCUGUCUGUUCUCCAGAAAGGUGUCUUUCCUCCAGCUCCCAGAGCUCUGUUAGCAAACAUGCAGCUCCUGUCAGGCCUCUGCCUCGCCCGAAUGGGCCGCCCCCAGAUGGCUUUGCUGUGUUACACGAAGGCUUUAGAGAUGGACACUUGCUCUGUGUUAGCUCUGCACAAGAGCAUGUUGAUCUACAGACAUCUAGGCAACACACAGGCUGAGAUACAAGCUCUACAGCUACUAUAUUCCACUCUGAUGUUGCCCCAUGCCACAGAUCCUGCUCCAGUUGGAGCUGAUCUUCUCCCCUCUUCCUUACUGCUCCGCAGUCAGUCUCUGAGCAGCUUGCUCUCAGUCCCGUCUUCCCUCAGCAUACUUCACAGCCUGGCGCUGAAGUGCGCUCUUCAUGGACGGGUAUCAGAAAGUGUGGAACAUUAUCUGGACCUUCUGGCUGCCUAUCAGUCAAAUGACAAACACACAGUGUGCACUGCGGCCCCUCUCCUCCCCAGGUCACCUGAGCUCUAUCUGGAGGCUGGCACUGCUUUACUUAUGGCGCGACGACCUGCCGACUGCAUGACUCUUUGUGAUGAGGUCAUCAGCACAACGUUGGAGCUGCUGCCAGAGAAGCUGAUACUGGAGGAGCCACUGCCGGAGAGUGGCUGUGAACCUGUGUCUCUGUCACCAGAUAGGCUUGGCUCACCUCAAGAUAGGCUGGAUAUGUUUAUCUGGGUUGGAGCUGCAUACCUCCUCCAGGCCGACUGCCAAACCCACCUGAAAAACUGGAAACAAGCCGUGGCUCAUUACACAAGGUGUAUCAACCUGCUGGUGAAGGUGCAUAUUAUUAAGAAAGAUUUCCAGCCCCAGAUCUCCUGUUUAGACAUGGCUGGCAGGCAGAGGUCUGACACGCAUACCCUCCAGAGGUUAAAGGGGCUUUCCCUAGCUGGUAGGGGUAUCAUCUUUGUGCAGAGGGACCAACUCAAAGAAGCACUUAGGGACCUCCAGCUCAGCCUACAGAUGGCCCCAGAAUGUGUGAGUGCAGGGCUUUGGCUUGGUGAGGUGCUAUGGCGACUGGGGAGGAGACAGGAAGCAGCAGCCUGCUGGAAAAGGACAUGGAGCUGUAGCACAGAGUCCUUAACAGUGAAUUUUCCUCUGUACCUACAGGAAUCACAGUCUGUCCCUUUGCUUGACUCCACUGACCUCCGACACAGAAUAGAGGAACUCAGUCACAAGAAGAAUACACCAUUACAUACUGAACAGGAUUAGCUCUCUGGUGACUUAUGAACUGAAACCCAUACUAAUAUACAACCAUGCACCCACUGAGUCAGCAGGGGGGAAAAUGACAGUGCUGAUCAAUUUGCCCCUGAUAAUGAAUAUAGGAUUGGUAGUAAACCUGUCAGGUAGUGUAUGUGUUAUGUAUGAUGGGGGGGGGGGUGUCUUUGGAACUACUUGGCCAAUAAGGACUUAAGUGGGCUUGGAAGAGACAGAUGAGGAUAUUGCACAGUCAA